UUGCAGGACCCACGCGAGCUUUCGGGCGCCCCCCUGGCUUUGUGUGUGUGUAUGUCUGCGGUCGCCUCCUCCAGCCAGAAAAAAGAAGAUCCCACUUUUGAAACAAUCAGCAGCCCAGGGAAGCAUCCCACCCAGCCAAACCCUGCCAGGCUGCUGGGCAUGUGCUAUCUUCUCCUUUAAAUUUUUUUUUCCAGUUUAUUCUGGGCCUGUGUGGAAUAGAAAGACAGUUCUCUGUUUGACUGGUAGGAGAGAAAAGAGAAGACUCCUCAGGGUUUCCGAGGAGGAAUGGAGCGGCUGCCUUAGUGAAGAAAUGAAGAGUCAAAGCAGUAAAGGCCCUGUCUCAAUGUCACAUUGCUAUGACAAUUGCGAGCUGGUUUUUAAUUAGAUCGACAUUUAAUCAGUACACACCCAUGACAUACAGGCUUCUGGUCAGAGGGAAAUCUUGAGGAGUUUGACACUUUUCAUCCUCCGGCCAUUAAUCAUCUUGUGAGAGUUGGCUGUGUAUUGGAAUAAAAGGCAAGUGGUUCCUGGCCGGAUACUGCAGCGAAAGGUGUGAGCGUGGCAGCAGGAUGGCACCAGCGCUGAGGGAAGCCAUGGGCUUUGGCCCCAGGUUCCUAUCCUGAGACCAUAGCAGGAUGUGCCUUGGACAAAGGCGUGGUCGUCGGGAUCAGCUGGUGAAUUCAAAGACCUGGUCUCAGGGUGGUGAACUUUUUCUUUGAAUUCCUAACCUGUGAAUUUACGAUGGUGCCUCUCCAUUAACUGAAGAACUCUGGUGUUGAACUUCUUGGGGCCAGGCACUGUGUCUGCAGACACAUUGAGUGGCUGACACAAGGGAGACGUCUGGUGAACACCCGUGGGAUCUAAGAAAAAGCUCUGAAAGGGUUCCAGCUGAAAUUUCAGACCGGACAGACUCGCUGCGGCUUUGGAGGCAGUGAAUCCAAGCUGCCAGCGCACGCUGCUGCCAAGCUGCAGGAUGGUGCACGUAGCCAGGCCGCUGUUGCUGCUCCUCGCCUUCUUCCUCCGGGCCAAUGCUGAGACACCUCCAAGGUUUACAAGAACUCCCGUUGAUCAGACAGGGGUCUCUGGUGGAGUUGCGUCUUUCAUUUGUCAAGCUAUGGGAGACCCAAGACCUAAAAUUGUCUGGAACAAAAAAGGAAAGAAAGUCAGCAAUCAGAGAUUUGAGGUAAUAGAGUUUGAUGAUGGAUCUGGAUCAGUUCUCAGAAUACAGCCCUUGCGGACUCCACGGGAUGAGGCCAUUUAUGAAUGUGUGGCUUCUAAUAAUGUAGGAGAAAUAAGUGUAUCCACCAGACUCACAGUUUUACGUGAGGAUCAAAUUCCCAGGGGCUUCCCUACCAUUGACAUGGGCCCACAGUUGAAGGUGGUGGAGCGCACGCGCACUGCCACCAUGCUGUGUGCAGCCAGUGGCAAUCCGGAUCCAGAAAUCACUUGGUUUAAAGAUUUCUUACCCGUCGACACAAGCAACAACAAUGGUCGUAUUAAGCAGUUACGAUCAGGUGGUACACCAAUAAGAGGAGCCCUUCAGAUCGAACAGAGUGAAGAAUCUGAUCAAGGAAAAUAUGAGUGUGUUGCCACCAACAGCGCGGGCACUCGAUAUUCUGCCCCUGCCAAUUUAUAUGUCAGAGUUCGCCGUGUUCCACCAAGAUUCUCUAUCCCACCCACUAAUCAUGAAAUCAUGCCAGGUGGAAGUGUUAAUAUCACCUGUGUGGCAGUGGGGUCACCAAUGCCUUAUGUGAAGUGGAUGCUGGGGGCAGAAGAUCUGACACCUGAAGAUGAUAUGCCAAUAGGAAGAAAUGUCCUAGAACUGAAUGAUGUAAGACAGUCGGCAAAUUAUACCUGUGUUGCUAUGUCAACACUGGGUGUCAUUGAAGCAAUAGCACAGAUCACUGUUAAAGCCUUACCCAAACCUCCAGGAACUCCAGUGGUGACUGAGAGCACAGCCACGAGCAUCACAUUGACAUGGGACUCUGGGAACCCUGAGCCUGUCUCUUACUACAUCAUCCAGCAUAAACCCAAAAAUUCGGAGGAACCAUACAAAGAAAUCGAUGGGGUGGCAACCACGCGCUACAGUGUUGCGGGACUCAGUCCUUACUCGGAUUAUGAAUUCAGGGUGGUUGCUGUCAACAACAUUGGGCGGGGGCCUCCCAGUGAGCCUGUGCUGACACAGACCUCAGAGCAAGCACCUUCUAGUGCCCCAAGGGAUGUCCAGGCACGGAUGCUGAGUUCCACCACCAUUUUGGUGCAGUGGAAGGAACCCGAAGAGCCGAAUGGACAGAUCCAAGGAUACAGAGUUUAUUAUACGAUGGAUCCUACCCAGCAUGUCAACAAUUGGAUGAAACACAAUGUAGCUGACAGCCAAAUCACUACUAUUGGUAAUUUAGUGCCCCAAAAAACAUACUCUGUCAAAGUCCUGGCUUUUACCUCAAUUGGAGAUGGUCCUCUUUCCAGUGACAUACAAGUCAUCACUCAGACAGGAGUACCAGGGCAGCCAUUAAACUUCAAAGCAGAACCUGAAUCAGAAACAAGUAUUUUGCUUUCUUGGACACCUCCACGUUCCGACACCAUCGCCAGCUAUGAACUGGUCUACAAAGAUGGGGAGCACGGAGAGGAGCAACGGAUUACAAUUGAGCCAGGGACAUCAUACAGGCUGCAAGGGCUGAAACCAAACAGCCUGUACUAUUUCCGUCUGGCUGCACGCUCUCCUCAAGGCCUGGGUGCUUCUACAGCUGAAAUAUCAGCUAGAACCAUGCAAUCAAAGCCGUCAGCUCCUCCUCAAGACAUUAGUUGUACCAGCCCAAGUUCCACUAGUAUUUUGGUAAGUUGGCAGCCUCCACCAGUGGAGAAGCAGAAUGGCAUUAUUACUGAAUACUCCAUCAAGUACACGGCAGUGGAUGGGGAAGAUGACAAGCCUCAUGAGGUUUUGGGAAUUCCUUCGGACACUACCAAAUACCUUUUGGAACAGCUGGAAAAAUGGACUGAAUACCGGAUCACUGUGACUGCCCACACAGAUGUCGGCCCCGGCCCUGAGAGCUUGUCCGUGUUGAUUCGAACCGAUGAAGAUGUUCCUAGUGGUCCUCCUCGCAAAGUCGAGGUAGAGGCUGUCAACUCAACAUCUGUUAAAGUCUCGUGGCGCUCACCGGUGCCCAAUAAACAGCAUGGCCAGAUAAGAGGAUACCAGGUGCAUUAUGUGAGGAUGGAAAAUGGUGAGCCCAAGGGCCAGCCCAUGCUGAAGGACGUCAUGCUGGCUGACGCACAGUGGGAGUUUGAUGAUACUACUGAACAUGACAUGAUCAUUUCUGGGCUACAGCCUGAAACCUCGUACUCCCUCACUGUGACAGCCUACACCACGAAAGGAGAUGGUGCUCGCAGCAAACCCAAACUGGUGUCCACUACUGGGGCAGUUCCAGGGAAACCUCGGCUUGUGAUUAACCACACUCAGAUGAAUACUGCUCUCAUUCAGUGGCACCCCCCUGUGGACACAUUUGGACCCCUUCAGGGCUAUCGUCUAAAAUUUGGCCGCAAGGACAUGGAACCCCUCACUACUCUUGAGUUCUCCGAAAAAGAAGAUCACUUCACAGCUACAGACAUCCACAAAGGAGCAUCAUAUGUCUUUAGGCUCUCAGCCAGAAACAAAGUAGGCUUUGGGGAGGAGAUGGUGAAGGAAAUUUCUGUUCCAGAAGAAGUUCCAACUGGCUUCCCUCAAAACCUCCACUCAGAAGGCACUACUUCAAGCUCCGUCCAGUUAUCAUGGCAGCCACCUGUCCUGGCAGAGAGAAAUGGUGUUAUCACCAAGUAUACCCUUCUGUAUAGGGAUAUCAACAUUCCCCUUCUUCCACUGGAGCAGCUGAUUGUUCCAGCUGAUACUUCCAUGACACUUACUGGCUUAAAACCAGAUACCACAUAUGAUGUAAAAGUACGUGCUCACACGAGCAAAGGGCCCGGGCCAUAUAGUCCAAGUGUCCAGUUCAGGACACUGCCUGUGGAUCAAGCAGUGUUUGCAAAAAAUUUUCAUGUCAAAGCAGUAAUGAAGACUUCAGUGUUACUGUCUUGGGAGAUUCCAGAGAAUUAUAACUCUGCCAUGCCUUUCAAAAUUCUUUAUGAUGAUGGGAAAAUGGUGGAAGAAGUGGACGGCCGUGCCACCCAGAAGUUAAUUGUCAACCUGAAGCCAGAGAAGUCCUAUUCGUUUGUGCUAACAAAUCGUGGAAACAGUGCUGGUGGCCUCCAGCACAGGGUGACAGCAAAGACUGCCCCGGAUGUGCUCCGCACCAAACCUGCCUUCAUUGGGAAGACCAACUUGGACGGCAUGAUUACCGUGCAACUUCCUGAAGUUCCUGCCAAUGAGAACAUAAAAGGUUACUACAUAAUAAUUGUGCCUUUGAAGAAAUCUCGUGGGAAAUUUAUCAAGCCAUGGGAGAGUCCAGAUGAAAUGGAAUUAGAUGAGCUACUUAAGGAGAUAUCUAGGAGACGCAGAAGCAUUCGUUAUGGGAGAGAAGUUGAAUUAAAGCCAUAUAUCGCAGCUCACUUUGAUGUCCUUCCCACUGAGUUUACCUUGGGGGAUGACAAACAUUACGGUGGAUUUACAAACAAGCAACUCCAGAGUGGUCAAGAAUAUGUCUUCUUUGUGUUAGCAGUGAUGGAGCAUGCAGAGUCUAAGAUGUAUGCAACCAGUCCCUACUCCGACCCUGUCGUUUCAAUGGAUCUGGAUCCACAGCCGAUCACGGAUGAAGAAGAGGGCUUGAUCUGGGUCGUAGGUCCUGUCCUUGCUGUGGUCUUUAUCAUUUGCAUUGUCAUUGCUAUUCUUCUUUAUAAAAGCAGUAAACCUGACAGGAAGAGAGCAGAGUCUGAGUCUAGAAAGAGCAGUAUACCGAACAGUAAGGAGGUUCCCUCACACCAUCCGACAGACCCCGUAGAACUGAGGCGCCUUAACUUUCAAACGCCAGGUAUGGCUAGCCAUCCCCCAAUACCUAUCUUGGAACUUGCCGAUCACAUUGAAAGACUGAAAGCAAAUGACAACUUGAAGUUUUCCCAGGAAUAUGAGUCAAUUGACCCUGGCCAGCAGUUCACAUGGGAACAUUCAAACUUGGAAGUAAACAAACCAAAGAAUAGAUAUGCAAAUGUCAUUGCCUAUGAUCAUUCUCGAGUUCUCCUAUCAGCAAUAGAAGGAAUCCCGGGAAGUGACUAUGUGAAUGCCAACUACAUAGAUGGCUAUCGGAAACAAAACGCCUAUAUUGCAACACAGGGAUCUCUUCCUGAGACUUUUGGGGACUUUUGGAGAAUGAUAUGGGAGCAACGGAGUGCCACAGUUGUCAUGAUGACAAAACUAGAAGAAAGAUCCAGGGUGAAGUGUGACCAAUAUUGGCCCAGCAGAGGCACAGAAACCCAUGGACUCGUCCAGGUGACACUGCUCGAUACUGUGGAGCUGGCCACAUACUGUGUUCGAACAUUUGCACUUUACAAGAAUGGUUCAAGUGAGAAAAGAGAAGUGAGACAAUUCCAGUUCACCGCCUGGCCUGACCAUGGUGUUCCAGAGCACCCCACGCCUUUCCUGGCUUUCUUACGGAGAGUCAAAACCUGUAACCCUCCUGAUGCAGGUCCAAUGGUCGUGCACUGCAGUGCGGGAGUUGGCCGGACCGGUUGUUUCAUUGUAAUAGAUGCCAUGUUAGAAAGAAUAAAGCAUGAAAAAACUGUAGAUAUUUAUGGCCAUGUAACUUUAAUGAGAGCCCAGAGGAAUUACAUGGUUCAAACAGAAGACCAAUACAUCUUUAUCCACGAUGCACUGUUAGAAGCAGUGACUUGUGGAAAUACCGAAGUGCCAGCUAGAAACUUGUAUGCCUACAUCCAGAAGCUGACACAAAUAGAAACAGGGGAGAAUGUCACGGGAAUGGAGCUCGAAUUUAAGCGUCUAGCCAGCUCCAAAGCUCACACCUCAAGAUUCAUCAGUGCCAAUCUUCCAUGUAAUAAAUUCAAAAAUCGCCUUGUUAAUAUUAUGCCAUAUGAAUCCACAAGGGUAUGCCUGCAGCCUAUCCGCGGAGUGGAAGGAUCUGAUUACAUCAAUGCCAGUUUUAUUGAUGGAUACAGACAACAAAAAGCAUACAUUGCUACCCAGGGGCCUUUGGCAGAGACCACGGAAGACUUCUGGCGGAUGCUCUGGGAACACAAUUCCACCAUAGUUGUAAUGCUCACCAAGCUGCGUGAAAUGGGAAGAGAGAAAUGCCAUCAAUACUGGCCAGCAGAACGAUCUGCAAGAUACCAGUAUUUUGUUGUAGAUCCCAUGGCUGAAUACAACAUGCCACAAUAUAUCUUAAGAGAAUUCAAGGUCACAGAUGCCAGGGAUGGCCAGUCGCGAACUGUAAGGCAGUUCCAGUUCACUGACUGGCCAGAGCAAGGAGUGCCGAAGUCUGGAGAAGGAUUUAUUGACUUCAUUGGCCAAGUCCACAAAACAAAAGAGCAGUUUGGUCAAGAUGGACCCAUUUCAGUCCAUUGCAGCGCGGGCGUUGGUAGAACCGGUGUCUUCAUAACACUGAGCAUUGUCUUGGAAAGAAUGAGAUAUGAAGGCGUUGUAGAUAUUUUCCAGACCGUCAAAAUGUUAAGAACACAACGGCCAGCCAUGGUACAGACAGAGGAUCAGUACCAGUUUUGCUAUCGAGCCGCACUAGAGUACCUGGGCAGCUUUGAUCACUAUGCAACGUAGAAACCCCUGACCCCUUCUGGAUUUUUACUACAGGCCCUUCAAUAUCCAUGGAGUCUCUUCUGAGCCAUACAGGGCACUUGAGAAGUCCUUCUUAACUUCUAGCUAACAACCACUUAGUGGGACUAUUACACACACAACCAGUUAAAAACAAACUAUUCCAGGUGGACCAAGAAUUCAGUUUAAUAAUCUAACCUGAAAAAUAAUAAAGAGAAUCCUGACUUAUGAAGCAUCUGAAGGAUUUUAUUUACAGAUACUUCAAGGAUUCAACAUAAAGGGAAGAAGAAAUCACAGCAAAGAACCAACAUCUUGUUUGAGUUUGCUUCACAGGUACCAAGAGAAAUUGCUGGAGUGCUACAGUGCAAGAUAUUUGCUGGUGUAGCUUCUCAGAAUAAAAUGGAUUCUGCUCCGACCUUGCCCCUUCCCACCAUACCACUCAUAAUAAGCUUUUAGGAGUAAGGGUGGGGGAUGUUUAAAAAGAAAGCCCUUGAUUUAGUUUUUUAGUAUUGUAAAGAUACUGCUGACCUGUGCUUCAUUUCUAACUGUGUACACUUUUUUUUUAACAAAAUGUAUCAUUCGAUAAAGUGAAUUUUAAAAAACAGUUACAUAAUUCUUCAUUUUUUAUUUCCAAACUGUAAGUUUUUUUAAGCUGUAGAACUGUUAUCUGUAAUAUCUUGCUGUAGAAAUAUCAAAUCAUUUGAAAAUUUGCACAUUUUUGUGCAAUACUCAAUCUAUAGUUUUGGUCUCAUCAGAUAUUACUUUGACAUUUCUGUUCAGUUUUAAUUAAUGAAAAAGUACCCAUUCUCUUUAAAUGAUCAAAGAGAAUUUAAUUUUGUUUUGCUUUUGGAAUCAACAGGGAGGCGCAAAGUAUAAAGUUGCUGCUAACAUAUAUACAUAUAUAUCCGAAUUUUGUAAGGGUGUCUAUGUAUAUAUAGACAGUGUGUCCACACAAAAGUUAGAGUUAGCAAUCAUUCAGUUCUCUUGUGAUUCAGUUUUUUUAAAAUAGUAUAAAAGCUAUUAUAAAUAUCUCUUUCAAUUCUUAAUUUUAUUACAUAUUGGGAUUUCUUAAUAUCGCAAAUUUUAAUUUUCUAAAGGGAAAUGAGGAAUGCACAUCAGUGAUUGUCAAACCUCACCCCCCUAAUUUCCAACUCAAUCUCCCUCACCCACCCAGUUAUGUUCACAAAUAACAUUUUGUUAGCCAGGCUUCCAACAAAGUUCAGUAUUCCUAACAAUCUAGUGCAAUAAAAAAAUUAUUAAAUAUCUAAGAGGUGUGCAUGUGGGAAAGGUCAGUGCAUAUCCCUUUAGGAAGGGAGAAUGUUGUAAUAUAUCAGCUAUCAAAUUGUUUAAAAAGUGUAUUCAAUCAUAUAUUGUCUAUAGUACGUGCUAUGAAAUUUGCAUUUAUGAUAUGUAACAGGGGCAAAGCCAAACUCAUUUUAGUCUGUUUGGUAAGAAACAUUUUGUGGCACAUAGCAUUCCUGGGAAGUGCUAUACUUUGUUUUGUUUUGGUUUUAGUUUUGCAUUUAGAGUGCCUUAUAAUUGAUGCCUAUUUUAAUAGCAUUUCUUUUUAGCUUUGGGUUCAUAUUGCCAUUAGUGGUUCAUAUCUGUUACCCUUUCAAUUAAAGCAUUAAAUGUUUACCACAUGUACAGAAACUCUUUGAAUAAUAUGCAUUCCUAGUUUUCAGCCAAGUCGGGGAUGUUAGUGAUUGUACCAGCCCAAAGCACUUGGAUAAUCAGGGCUCUUCUGUUCAUAAUCGUCAACAUCAGGAAAAGCUACUUGUUUUAUUUAUAAUCCCUUCCAAAUCUGCUCUGAAACAUGCAGUAACUACAUCAAACUUAUUUUAGUAAAAAUAUCAUUGGCAAUUUUAGGAUAUAUUUGAUAUUUCAUUAGGAUUUUUCUGAAAGUGGAAAUAAUAUAUCUCUCCUCUAAAUCCUCCAACAUAAGUUCUUUAGGAAGCCAUGGAUGGUGGCAUGAGUUCACCAUGUCUUACCUGAUUUUAAAGAACCCUCAAAAACUCCUAAGAACUCUUAAGAGUUUUGAUAUAGGUAUGAUUUUUUGGUUAUUUUUGCAUCAUGGAUGUUCUGCAUGGAAGUUUGUUUGUUUUCACAUUUUCCCAUCGCUAGCAGAAUGAAAUCCAAGAGACCAAACACUUGCAAGCAUCAUAUUUGAGCACUUUUAUAAAAAAAAAGAAAAAAGAAAAAAAUAUACAUAAUACUUUAAAAAAAAAAAAGUAUCUAGAAGGCUACCUCAGAAUGAGACUCUCUAACCUACAUCAGAACCAGAGAAGAAUGUGCACUAUGUGGGGUCUGUUGUUUUCUUUUAGUUUGUAUCUUUUGAAGAUUUAUCCAAGUGCCAGAUUACUCAGUGCUAUACUUUUCUUUUAGUGAGACAAAGGAGGUGAGACAGACAGAUAUUGUGUCAUCCAGACACACUAUGCUGGACACAUAGAACCUGAUGGAGUAUUGCACACCAGAAUGAUUGGCCAAUGAGCAGUUUGUCUCCCUGAAACAAAAGCUGCCCACAGGGCAGAGGGAAAGGUGACGAUAAUCACAAAAAGCGAAUGAAUGGGAUGCAUACCACAGACGAGCGAGGCAGAGACUAUUCCAGAAAUCUUACUAUUCAGGAGCUGUUCCCAGAACUAACUCCCUUACUGUCAUUGAUGUGCAUUCCACUCUGUACUUUUCUGUACAACCAUUUGAGUUUUAAUUUCCCAGGUAGACACCUUUAUCUGCCAUUUCCAUAAACGCUCAAGUUUCCAGUUCUUUUCAUCACCAUAACCAGUACGGUGCUAUUAUUUACCUAUGUAUGUGUAGUUAUGUAUAAUUUUGUAAUUAGUUACAAUGGUAAAAAUCAAAAUAUAUAAAAAGUGAUUUGUACAGAACUUUAUUUUAGCUCUUUUUUAAAAAUGAUUUGCAUGGUUAGACAAAACGGCGAGGACAGCCAGGGGAGGGAAGGGCCUCUAGGGAACUUUGCACUUUCUAUACCUUUGUACUAUGCACUGCCCUAUUGAUUCUACACCCAAUAAUGUUAUUACUUGAACCCAUCUGUAAGAAACUGCUUCUGAAAUUCAUUUAUGUGUAUGUAAAUAACACACCUUAGAAACAGGAAAGAAAAAAAAUCAGCAGUCAUGCACACAUUUUUUUUCUUUCCUGUUUAUUUUUGGUUUUGCUUUGUUUUAGUCCCUCCUUUCACUUUGAUUCCCUCUUCAUUUUUCUUUUGGGUUUAUGGGUGCCCCUGAUACUCCAGCAGAGAUCAGAAGGCUACAGAUCCAUCCUAUCCAUCCGUUACGUGGCUUUGCCAUCCAAGCUUGGAGUGUCUUUACAAAGAUAACAGUUGUGUUCUUUGCUCUCGUUUUGGAUGCAUAGACUGAAAACUUAAAAUAACUUGUAAAAUGGCUUGUUAAAAAAAUACAAUUACCUCUAAUUAGUAGUACGCGUAAAUGUUUUACAGAAUGAAAGGCGUGCUUUUUAUUUUCUUACUUCGUUACAUUGGUGGCGAAAGAAGUCUGUAUGAAAAUCAGUUCUUUGCUGACACAAGUUCCAUUUGUUACAAAUGAAUUCUAAUAAAAAUGUCAGUGUUAUGCA